AUGAGACACAGCUCGUUCGACUUCGAGUGCUCGAAGCUGAGGCUGCGAGAGACCAGCGAAGGCAGGACAGCAUUCGACACGGUCAACUCAUCCCUUGCUGGGCUGGGCUUCGCGGGUUCUGCACUCGCAUGGUUCAAGUCCUAUCUGUCUGACCGCUCCUACCAGGUUCAACCUCGCAUCGCAGCCUGCCUAGCUGACAUUGCCUCCUGGAUGUCUGCUAACCAUCUCAAACUUAACCCAGAGAAAACGGAGCUCCUGUUUUUUCCUGCUAAGAACUCCCCAGCGAUCGACACUAGAAUCACCAUCGAGGGAUCUGCGGUGUUUCCCACCUCAGCAGCCAAAAACCUUGGCGUAACCCUCGACAACCAGCUGACAUACUCCGGGCACAUCGCAGCAGUCACACGAUCCUGCAGAUUCGCCCUAUACAACAUCAGGAGAAUCCGCCCUUUCCUCACGCAACAGGCAACCCAGCUCCUGGUCCAAGCGCUUGUCAUCUCCCGCCUGGACUACUGCAACGUUCUACUGGCUGGCUUGCCGGCCUGCGCCAUCAGGCCACUCCAGCUCGUGCAGAACGCCGCUGCACGCCUGGUAUUCAACCUCCCUAAGCACUCUCAUGUCACUCCACUGCUUACUGCACUCCACUGGCUUCCGGUAGCAGCCCGCAUCCAGUUCAAGACACUGGUGCUGGCCUACCAGGCCACAAGAGGCUCUGCCCCAUCAUACCUUCAGUCUCUUAUAAUGCCUUACACCCCAACUAGGACCCUCCGCUCCACGUCCUCCGGACAACUGACGGUCCCCUCACUCCGGGAACCUGGCAGCCGCUCCUCCCGACCACGCCUCUUCUCCGCCAUUGCCCCGAGGUGGUGGAACGACCUCCCCCAUGCAGUCAAGACUGCGGAGUCUCUUACCAUCUUCCGCAGGAAACUGAAAACCCACCUCUUUAGAACA